CCGUCUACUCCAAGCCCUGGUCCCACCAGUCAAGACCAACUCCAAAGCUUCAAAGUCGUUGUCCCCUCUCCUUCUCGCCAGCUGAGAACUGAAAUAGCCAGCGCUCAGCGGAUCACCUCGGAAGUUCCUACUGGCCUCUCUGAGAAGUACUACCCGACAGAUGCCUAUGAAGAACGCGCCCUUAAGGGUGCUUACCCAAAGUCCAAGAGAGUCAAUCGGGCUGAGAUUCCCUUUGAGAUUGGAACUCCCGGUCCCUUUCUUACUUCCCGCCCAGAAGUUAACCUGCAGCUUCAGCGUUCACUCCAGCGCAAGUUGUCUGCCAUCAAGGGCCCUGCCGUCACCUUCGCUGCUACUGAUCAAAAGCUGCUGGCUCAGUUUGAGAAUUUCGAAUUCAUCAAUAGUAACCUGCUGCGGAAAGGUGUCCAGCCUGCCCCGGAUGAGUUUCACGGGGGUUGCUCCUGCGCGAUGGUCUGUGACCCGAGCCGCUGUACUUGUUUAGAGACGGAGGAGGACGACUCCAAGAAGACCAUCAUUCCGUAUGAGCGAGCCAAAGACGACGCACGACUGAUGGUGCUCACGCCGGAAUUCAUGAAACGGAACAUGAUGAUAUCCGAGUGCGGGUCUCGCUGCGACUGCAACGCUGGCUGUUGGAACCGAGUCGUACAAAGCGGCCGCCGCAUUCGAUUAGAGAUCUUCCACACCGACAACCGUGGCUUUGGUCUCCGGUCCCCAGACCACAUCCGCGCCGGGCAAUUCAUCGACUGCUACCUCGGCGAAGUGAUCACCAAGGACGCGGCGGACGUGCGCGAAGAGCUCUGCAUGGCUCGACACGGCCACUCAUACCUAUUCGGCCUGGACUGGUUCGACGACACCGUCGAAGAAGAGGACAUGUUUGUCAUCGAUGGGCAGAAAUUCGGCGCCCCCACGCGCUUCAUGAAUCACUCGUGCAAUCCUAACUGUCGCAUGUUCCCCGCCACCCGCAACCAGGCCGACCAGCGUCUCUACGACCUGGCGUUCUUCUCGCUGAAGGAUAUCCCCCCUCUGACUGAGCUGACGUUCGAUUAUAACCCGGGCUCGGAGAAGGUCGAUCAUGUCGAUCCGCAGGCGGUGGCGUGUCUUUGUGGGGAGAGCAAUUGUCGAGGACAGCUGUGGCCGAAUCAACGGAAGGGCACGAGAUAG